GCGCAGUGACCAAAUUCCUGAACCACGCGCAUCGUGUAACCAAAACAAUAUGGCGUCUGGCAGUUGUCAAAAAAUCUAAAUUUCUCAAAUGACCGGAAUAUUUACUUAAGUUGAUGCUUAAAAAUGAACAGAGACAUUGAAUAGAAUCGAUCAUCAAGUAGCGUUGUUUUAUCCGUAGAAAAAUGCUUGGAGGGGCUUAUUCGUCUCAGUUCAAGAAUAUUGAACGACAGCAUGUAGACACAAUUAAAACGCUGGCAGUCAAUGAGAAGUCAGAUGCCAUUGCAAGAGCAAAGAAACUUUCUGUAGAAACCAAUAGACGUCGAAGAGCUCUUGCUAUAAAGAGAAAGUCGGAGGCUGAACGCGAGGAGAAAAGACGUCAACAAAUUCUUGCCAAACGACGAGAGAAACAACAAGAAGCUACAGAAAAAUUUCAGAGAGGUCACAUACAAAGUAGACCAGGCAGUGGAACAAGUAGUACAAGUGGAAGAUGGUCACCUAGACGAACCAAUAUACACACACAACUUGACGAUGCUCUCAGAAUUGUGCGAGGUAGCCCGGCCAGUUCAAGGUCAGGCUCGGCUCGAACUCGCAACCAGUCUAGCCCUACUUCCUCCUUCUACAGACAGAACUCAGACCCACUGAGUAAACCAUACUUCAACAAAUAUGCCCAUCCAAGUAUCAAUAAUGGAAAUGGUACCAACAAACAAGAAGAACUGCAUAAUAAAAGUUUACGUAACUUAAACAACAGUCGUAACUUAUUCGAGCAACAGUUAGAAUCGUACCAACAGUCAUUGCUUGAACAACAACAAAAAACAUUACGAGAAUUCAAUAAACAGAUAAUGAAAGAAAUAGAAGUGGAUAAAAAUGUAAUAAAUUACGAACAAAAUGAAGGUAAUGGAUUAGAUAGGAGUGAAAGUCUUUCAACAGUUGACAGCCUAGAGGACGGAGACACAAGUGACACUCUUCGUCAAAGUUGUGAUCUUAAUGCAUUUAUGACGCAAAAAAAUGAAAGUAGUAAUGUUGUAAAUGGUGCCAAAAAUGUGACGUUUGCUGAUAAAAGUAAAGAUGAGAUAAAAAUAUAUGGAAACAACUCACAUAUUGUUAAUGGUGCAGUAGAUUUGGAGCCACAAAACAUUGACUCUUAUCAUGCUCAAAUGCAAGCUUCACAAACAACCAAUCCAAGAUCAGAAGAUCAGAAACAACAGUUUUAUAUCCAGAGGCAGAAAGAAAUACAAUUACAGCUUCAAGAACAACAACAUAAACAAAUGUUGCAGCAGCAACAAAAACAACAGCAGGAACAAGAUCAGAGAGCAUUAGAACAGCAACAAAGGCAACAACAACUGUUACAGCAACAAUAUGAACGCCAGAAAAAGGACGAAUUAGAGAGACAACAACAAGAGGAACGAUACAGGCAGCAACAAGCUGCUGUUACUAUGGCAACAACAACAGUUGGCUCCGGGUAUAUAGAUAGUGAAGAAGGAAAAGAGAACCUGAGACCAAAAGCUCAGUUGAAAGCCUGGGGAACACCUUCACCCCACCCACCUACUCCUGCUAGCACUGUAACCACUACAACAUCAACCUUUGUUACACAUACAAGUCCAUAUACUGGUAAAAAUACACACACAAACACAACUGUUCCCAUGAUGAACUCUAAUGUUCAAAGUUCAAAAGUCAACUACAUGCAUAAAACUUCCUCGCCAGUUUCCAGGAACCGACUGAUACCAGUGUGUCAGAUGUUUAAAUCCACACAAGUUUUCGAAAACAAAUUCUGCUGGUUCAAAAGGCCAUCUUCAACAUCAGUUACCAUUCUAAACCUCCAAUACAUGCUGGUUAUUAUAAUUCAUACGGUGCAGCAUAUAGUGCCAGACAAAAAGCUGACCAACAACGGCGCAAAUACCAAACAAGAUACACCUAGUACUGUAACAACUAAUGGUGAUACUGGUAAAACAAAUGGAAAUGUAACGUGGGGUUUACCGGAGGAGCUAGCGACUCAUUUAAAGAUGGCGACAACAGAAUCGAUGGUGAAUGGAGACGAUCCGGGAGAUACAGAUUCUGUCAGUACGAUCUGCGAGGAACGGGAACCAGAACCUAAAGAAGUAAGGAGUAUAUUAAAGCGUACAGGAAGUGGCAAGAAGACUAGUGGUAUAUUAAAGAAGUCUUGUUCUGCGGGCAAUAUGAAGGAAAUACGUGACAGCUUGGAGAUUACUCGUGUUCAUCUGCAGACCAGUGCUGAAGAGAAGGAACAAAGGAUGCUAAGAGAGAGGGAGAGACUUAAGAAUCCUGCAGGGACGCCUACAAAGAAGAAUGUAAGAUUUGCUGAUUUAACAUAUGAUGAACCUGAGCCUAGUGGAUACAGUGACAGUAAAUUGUUCCACAAGAGAAAUGAUGAUUCAGUUCAUCACAAGCCACCUCGCCCAGUAUCUGCUGUUACAACAAAGAAUUUAUCACCUAAGAUAGACAGUAAACCUCCUCGUGCCACAAGUGCCACAAAUGUACGUACAAGCACGAUUCCGCGAGCUAAAACACAAGUUGUGAGACCCCAGGCUGCUGCACAUAUCAUUACACAAAGUACACAGCUUCUAGAUAAUCCAAACGAGAAAGUCACAGUUGUCAAUAGUAACUUUAUGGAGAAAGUUCCAGCAAUGGCAAGAGCCAAUCAGACUGCUUUAACUGUAGCCCCAGCAUCGGUGUAUGCUGUAAAUUCUGUCAGUUAUACCCAGCCACAACAAAAAGGAAACUACGCUGUAUCAAGUAUAGUAAUGCCCAAGAAUGAAAGUGCUCCUUUCAUUUAUCCCGGCUAUAAUAAAACUGGUCCUGUCCCAGCAGGCAGUGUGAAUGGUCCAUCACAAGGUGGGAAUAAUUCUAAAUAUGAAGGUGCUGUAUAUGAUGAGAAUGGUGUACGAAUAGAUAGAACACCAACUGAUGAAGAAAUUAACUUUCUUUGGGAUAAAUUACGCACUUGUUUAAGUAGAAACUCCCAGGCCACACCUGACGCCCCUCAGGCAGAGAGUCAAAGUGCCAGUGCACGCCAGGCCGCUCCAGUUGCCCAUACAUAUAUUGAUGGAAAUGCAUUAGGUCAGUUUAACAGUUUAAACAGAGUUGCCCAGCAACCAGGAUACAAUAACAACAAUAACCCUGCAAUACGCAGACAAAAUUCACUUGAUAAUACACCUAAUACAUACACAAGACGUUACGGUCUACUGCAACAAAGAAAACAACAACCUAACCCAAACAGUCUGAAGUCACGACAACAACAACAACAACAGCAGCAAGGAUAUACAGUUUAUCAGGCUCCUAUUCAGAGUAACUCAGAACCCCAGCCAACAGGGCCUCUUAUAAAUGGUGCUGAUGUAUCAGAGAGUAUGGCAGGAUUUCUGGCAGCGGAACAGUUAGCGGAACAGUCGGUAUCUGAGAGUAGAAUACACGAGGCCAUGGAGGAGGCUCAAGCUAGACAACUUGCCUAUAACUCCGCUAGACCUCAACCUAAAGUGAGGUCUGCAUUGUCAGUAGAAGAACAGAGGUUGAUGGAAUCACUGGACAGACUAAAUGAUAAACUGAAAACUGCAGAUGGUAUUGUGCCAAAUACUACCCCACCCAGUCAACCUGUACAACAACAACCACCAGCAGCAGCCAAGACAACAGUUAUCUGUACAUGUGAGUGGGUUCAAAGGUCAUGCACCAAUUACACAGAGGAGGGUUAUAGAGGCCGGGAACCACAGGGCCCGUUUGAGAAUCACGUCUGCUCAUCUGAAACGUAAUAUACACAGACACCAAUAGACACGCAUUAAAUGUCACAUAUCUACUGUAACAUAAAUCAGAAUGUCACAUCUCUCUUAUUACACAAGUCAGAAUGUCACAAAUUGAUUCUGUGACAUUGAUAUUCACCGGAAUGUUAAAAAUUUCAACAACUAGAAUGUUGAAUUCUGCAGACAUUAUUAUCAAAUGUAUUACAUUGUGUAAAUAACCGUUACAGUUAUAGAUCUGGGUUUGCAUGAAUUCAUACCAGUAUAGUCUUUAUAAAUGUACUAAAGAAAUAUUAAUGAACAUUAUUUGCUUUGAUUGGAAAGGAAGGCCAUACAUUACUAUUGUUUUCCAUCAACUGUACCAGAGAUGUUUCAUUGUAUAUGUUCUUACAGUUUCGAUUUUUCAGUAAGAACAUUUCCAUGUGAUAUAAUGUCUCUACAUAUGUAAGAUAGGGUCAAACGUUAUAGUUUGAUGACCUUGUUAACGCAGAUUCUGCUAGCAGAAACACAAUCUACUUGUGCGAUCAGUGUUGACCAAGAUCAGCCAGCACUACUGUGUCACCUUAUCAUGGCCUACAUUGUUUGCUAUUUAAGUAAUAAUACAUUGUUAAAAAUCUUCCCUAAAAAUGAUGACUGGUCUGAUCCAGAUUGAAUCAUGGACAAGUCCAUUUAAGUUAUUUAGGGUGGUAAGGGUUAACUUGAUAAGAAAUAAAUCAAAACAUUGUAACGUCUUUCAUAUAAGUUGUAACGUUUCUUUCAGUGUAUGAAAAGGACUUUGUUACCUACAUGUUGUUGUCACUGUAAAUUUUACCUUUUAUUUAACAAAUUCAAUUAGUUAUAAGUCAAAGGGUCAUUCUUUCCAUGAACAGACCUAUGUAUACUGUACGUAUCUAAAUAAGGAACGAAAUUACUGCAUCACUUGCUGAAUUACUGGUAAUUAAUAUAUCAAUGUUUGUUACAUGUAAACAUGUAAGAGUGCAAUCUUCUGUCACUUCUUGUAACCAUGGUAACAUUUACUUCUACCUCAACAUUCUUGUUCUUACACCUAUCUUGUCUAAUUGUGUUAGGACAAUAUUCGUCUUCUUUCAAAGGAGUACAUGUAUAUUCUUUUUGAUAGGACCUUAUUGUUGGAAAAGAUGACUUGUAUAUCAAGAUAGCAAUUACGAUUUUUUUCUUUAUUGUGCAGUAAAGUUGUUUGUAUUAGUGUUGAUAUCUAUAACUAGCAAAAACUUCAAUGUCUCAUUAUUAAAAUGUUAUAAGAUGUUAAUAUAGUGUAACAGCAAUUAAUAUUUUUUCUUUACUCUGUAUUUACAUGAAUGGAAUACUGUAAGUAUUUCAAAAACUG